AUGUCAGAGCAAGAGAUUACUGAUGAACUGACAACUGAAGGUGUAACAGCAGUUAAGCGUUUUACUAUGAAAUCGAGAGAUGGUGACAUCAUCACGUCAAACACUCAUCUGCUUACCUUUGCCCUUUCGGCCCUUCCUAAGUCAAUUGAAGCUGGUUAUCUCAACAUCGGAGUGGAGGUGUAUGUCCCCAAUACACUCCGAUGUUUCACUUGCCAAAAGUUUGGACAUGGGUCUAAAUCCUGUAAUCACUCUGUGUUCUGUCAGCGCUGUGGCGGCGGCCAUGACAACACCAACUGCACAGCUGAACCAGAGACUGUAGAACCAGCUACUAUUGAAUCUGCUGUUGUUACUCUGACAAGAAAAGAAAGACAAAAAUUAAACAGAAAACAACGUACGAUGAAAUCCUCGUCUUCAGAGGUUUUGCUCCACAAGUCCUUUGAUGCUCUGGACAUGGACGUCACCCCAUCGUCCCAGAGCAAUAGUAUGAGUCCAUCUUCCUCACGUGCUCGUGAGAGAUCCCCCAUAGAACCACAAUGA